UCGUCGAGGGAUAUUGCGUCUGCUUGUCGCUAUGGCCAGUUAAUCAGCCUAGCAUGCAAUGCUGAGUAAUGCGCGGAGGAGGCUUCAUCGCCGAUGCUUGAGCUGUGCAAUGAGCGAGCUGCAAUACAGUGGAAAGACAUGGAAUGGGGGCGGGCACCCGCAGGGUGCCCCGCGAUCCCUCGGCAAAUGCCCCCUGGGCCUCCGGGUGUAAUAUCCAUGAAUUCUUCGAUAGGAUAUUAUACGUCUUGCAGAAGGCGUUCGGAUGUCCCCGAUUAUAGCACUAAAUUAUGUUUGCUGAUGUGAAAGCAUCGUUUCAUGCCUUCUGAGCGAUAGGCGCUGAAAUAGAGGUAGGAGAUGUUCGAAAAAUGCAGUCGCGGGCGUUUCGC